UGUAACUCAGAACCAUCUUCUUGAAUUUGUGCUGCAUCCAGUACUUCAUCUGACCAUGUCUUGUUUACUCAACCACAGUAGCUCUAGCUACAGAAAUUUUAGCUCUUCUUCAAUGCCAAGAAAUAGGCAAGGUGGUUGCUCUUCAAGAAUUGCCAGUGUAGGGUCAAGGCUACAAUCACAAUACAGCAGAAGUGCUUACAAUCUUGGCUCUGGAAGAUCUCCAAAGAUUUCAGUUGCAAGUCAUAGCACUGGAAUGAGCGGCCAUGGAUAUGGUGGGGCAGGUUAUAGCAGUGGCUUUGGAUCCGGUAUGGGAUCUGGAUAUGGCUUUGGUGGAUCCAGCUCUGGUCGAGGUGGCUUUGGAGGUGCUGGCUUUGGUGGAGCUGGUUGUGGUGGAGCACAGAGCAUCACAAAUGUCACUGUCAAUGAAAGUCUCCUUGCACCCCUCAAUUUGGAGAUUGACCCAAAACUUCAGCAAGUCAGGAAAGAAGAGAAAGAACAGAUCAAAACCCUGAACAACAAAUUUGCCUCUUUCAUUGACAAGGUUAGAUUUUUAGAACAGCAAAAUAAGAUGCUGGAGACAAAAUGGGCUUUUCUGCAAGACCAAAAGACUGUAAAAAGUAACAUGGAACCGCUUUUCGAAUCCUUCAUUACCAAUCUUAAAAGGCAAAUGGAUUGUUUGGAAAAUGAAAGGUCACGUUUAGAAGCAGAGAAAAAGAAUAUGGAGGAUUUAGUAGAGGAAUUUAAAAAGAAAUAUGAGGAUGAACUGAAUAAGCGUACAGCUGCAGAAAAUGAAUUUGUGGUACUUAAAAAGGAUGUUGAUGCAGCUUUUAUGAACAAGACUGAACUUCAGGCUAAGGUUGACGCUCUCAAUGAGGAGCUCAACUUCCUAAGGACAAUGUAUGAUAUGGAAAUUUGUCAACUGCAGUCUCAGAUCUCUGACACCUCUGUCAUUGUGUCCAUGGAUAACAACCGUGACUUGGACAUGGAUUCUAUCAUUCAUGAGAUCAAAGCUCAGUACCAAGAGAUUGCUAACAAAAGCAGAGUUGAAGCAGAAUCGUGGUACCAGUCCAAAUAUGAAGAGCUGAAGAAUACAGCAGGAAAGCAUGGUGAUGAUCUGCGCAGCACAAAGAAUGAAAUUGCUGAUCUCAACAGAGCUGUCCAAAGGUUUAAAACCGAGAUUGAAAAUGUUAAAGCUCAGAAAACAAAACUAGAAUCUGCCAUAGCACAAGCUGAAGAACGUGGUGAGAUGGCUGUUAAGGAUGCAAGAAAUAAAUUGGCUGAUCUGGAAGACGCAUUACAGAAGGCCAAGCAGGACAUGGCUCGUCAGCUGAAGGAAUAUCAAGAACUGAUGAACAUCAAAUUGUCUCUGGAUCUUGAAAUUGCUGCCUAUAAGAAACUGCUGGAAGGAGAAGAGUCCCGGCUUUCUGGAGAAUGUGCAGGAUCUGUUAAAAUCUCUGUUGUUUCAUCCACUGUCGGAGGAUCCUUUGCUUCCCAUGGUGGUUCCCAUGGUGGCUCCCACCGUGACAGUGGGAUGAGCUCUGGAGCUGGUUUUGGAACAGCAAAUGUCAGUGGAGGCAUGAGCGGUAGCCGCUUCACUAGUUCAGGUGGUGCCAGCUCCAGCAGCAGUACUGCUAAUAGAGGAUACGGGUCUGGUGCAGGACACACCAGCUCUGGUGGAGGAUACACCAGCUCUGGAGGAGGAUACACCGGAGGAACCAGCUCAAGUUCAUCUACCAUGGCAAGAACCACCUCCUCAAGCUCCUCGAAUUCAAGGAAGAUCUAAACUAAUAGCUAGACCUCUCUUUCACAUUACUGCUUUACCCUUUCGGCUUAACCUAUUCUGUCUUAAGUAAUGGGCAGUUACAGUUAUCAUCAAACUAUCCUAACAAAAUUUAACCGUACAGAAUACCCUAAAACAUACCCACAAUAAGAUUACUUAACAAAUUCCCUUUUGUAGAAAAAUGUUUAUUAUUAUUAAAAGGUAUUCAACACAUUUGCUGUCACUGCCAGCAGGCACUUAAAAAAAUUCAACUCAAAACAAAAAAAGUUGGAAAUACCACCGUUUGUUAAUUCUUAGUUGGCCUUAUUACGUGAUAAAAUUAUCAAUUACAUUUGAUUCUCUGCAAACUGUUUCCUUGUAUUCCUUAUUCAAUAAACUUCAGCUCAUUAAAAGAAA